AUGACCUGAAAAUAGUGUGAAGGGGAGCAUGUUACCAGGAGCCAUCAGGCAAGUCCUAGGACUGAUCUCCAGGACCAGGACUCUUCUCCCAGCGUCUGGGGCCCCCGCUCAGCCAAAGGCCUUCUCUGCCAUGGGACCUGUCAAUGUCUGGCGGUGGAGCCUGUGGGGGCUGCUGCUGAGCCUGCUGUGCAGCUCAUGCCUGGGAUCUCCAUCCCCAUCCGUGGCCCCUGAGAAGAGGGCUGGGAGCCAGGGGCUGCGGUUCCGGCUGGCUGGCUUCCCCAGAAAGCCCUUCGAGGGCCGUGUGGAGAUACAGCGAGCUGGCGAAUGGGGCACCAUCUGUGAUGACGACUUCACGCUACAGGCAGCCCAUAUCCUCUGCCGGGAGCUGGGCUUCACAGAGGCCACAGGCUGGACCCACAGCGCCAAAUAUGGCCCUGGAACAGGCCGAAUCUGGCUGGACAACCUGAGCUGUAGUGGGACUGAGCAGAGUGUGACUGAAUGUGCCUCCAGGGGCUGGGGGAACAGUGACUGUACCCACGAUGAGGAUGCUGGGGUCAUCUGCAAGGACCAGCGCCUCCCUGGCUUUUCUGACUCCAAUGUCAUCGAGGUAGAGCAUCACCUGCAAGUGGAGGAGGUGCGACUUCGACCAGCAGUUGGGCGGGGCAGGCGACCCCUGCCCGUAACUGAGGGACUGGUCGAAGUCAGGCUUCCGGACGGCUGGUCUAAAGUGUGUGACAAAGGCUGGAGCGCCCACAACAGCCACGUGGUCUGCGGGAUGCUGGGCUUCCCCAGCGAAAAGAGAGUCAACACGGCUUUCUACAGGCUGCUGGCCCAGCGACAACAACACUCCUUUGGUCUGCAUGGGGUGGUGUGCGUGGGUACGGAGGCCCACCUCUCCCUCUGCUCCUUGGAGUUCUAUCGAACCAAUGAUACCACCAGGUGCCCUGGGGGUGCCCCUGCGGUGGUGAGCUGUGUGCCAGGUCCUCUCUAUGCAGCAUCCAGUGGCCAGAAGAAGCAACAACAGUCAAAACUUCAGGAGGAAGCCAGAGUGCGUCUCAAGGGUGGGGCCCAUCCUGGAGAGGGCCGGGUGGAAGUCCUGAAGGCUGGCACAUGGGGCACAGUCUGUGACCGAAAGUGGGACCUACAGGCAGCCAGCGUGGUGUGUCGGGAGCUGGGCUUCGGGAGUGCUCGAGAGGCUCUGAGUGGUGCCCGCAUGGGGCAGGGUAUGGGUGCCAUCCACUUGAGUGAAGUUCGAUGCUCUGGACAGGAACCCUCCCUCUGGAAGUGUCCCCACAAGAACAUCACAGCUGAGGACUGUUCUCAUGGCCAGGAUGCUGGAGUCCGAUGCAACCUGCCCUACACUGGGGUAGAGACCAGGAUCCGACUCAGUGGGGGCCGCAGCCGACAUGAAGGGCGAGUUGAGGUGCAAAUUGGGGGACCUGGGCCCCUUCGCUGGGGCCUCAUCUGUGGGGAUGACUGGGGGACACUGGAGGCCAUGGUGGCCUGUAGGCAACUCGGACUAGGCUAUGCCAACCAUGGCCUGCAGGAGACCUGGUACUGGGAUUCAGGGAAUAUAACAGAGGUGGUGAUGAGUGGAGUACGCUGCACAGGGACCGAGCUGUCCCUGGACCAGUGUGCUCAUCACGGCACCCACAUUGCUUGCAAGAGGACAGAAACCCGUUUCACUGCUGGAGUCAUAUGCUCUGAAACUGCAUCAGAUCUGCUGCUGCACUCAGCACUGGUGCAGGAGACUGCCUACAUCGAGGACCGGCCCCUACACAUGCUGUACUGUGCUGCAGAGGAGAACUGCCUGUCCCACUCAGCCCGCUCAGCCAACUGGCCUUAUGGCCACCGCCGUCUACUCCGAUUCUCCUCCCAGAUUCAUAACCUGGGACGAGCUGACUUCAGGCCCAAGGCUGGGCGCCACUCUUGGGUGUGGCAUGAGUGUCAUGGGCAUUACCACAGUAUGGACAUCUUCACUCACUACGAUAUCCUGACCCCCAAUGGCACCAAGGUGGCUGAGGGCCACAAAGCUAGUUUCUGUCUAGAAGAUACUGAGUGUCAGGAGGAUGUCUCCAAGAGGUAUGAGUGUGCCAACUUUGGAGAGCAGGGCAUCACUGUGGGUUGCUGGGAUCUCUACCGACAUGACAUUGACUGUCAGUGGAUUGACAUCACAGAUGUGAAGCCAGGAAACUACAUUCUGCAGGUGGUCAUCAACCCCAAUUUUGAAGUAGCAGAGAGUGACUUCACCAACAACGCAAUGAAAUGUAACUGCAAAUAUGACGGGCAUCGCAUCUGGGUGCACAACUGCCACAUUGGUGAUGCCUUCAGUGAAGAGGCCAAUAAGAGGUUUGAGCGCUACCCUGGCCAAACCAGCAACCAGAUCAUCUAAGGUGCUAAUACACACCUCUUCAAAUCACCACUGGCCCCUAAUGGCAGGGGUCUGAGGCUGCCAUUACCUCAGGAGUUUACCAAGCAAGGAACCCCUGAUGUCAGCAGGCCCACCACAUUGAUCCAAUGUGCACUAUGGAUGUGGAACUGUCAAGCAGAAGUUAUCACCCUCCUUCCUAAGCCAGCUGUCCAGAUCUGUGGCCAAGCAUGGGAAAUCAUGGCUCCCAGGACCAGCACUGAACUGAGUUCACCACAAAGAGCAGCACCUGAUUAACUGGCCAGAAAAACAGACAGCAGCAGCUCGUUUUCUUGAAUAGGGAGGUCAGGAUGGUCAGGUCCAAUACAUCCCCUCAGAUCAGGGGGAAUACAGCUUUACCUCUAGCCUUUUUAUGGGGGAAAAGAUCAGCGCCACCUCCCCCCCUCAUUUUUUUUUUUUUUACUAUAACAUGUUGCUAGGUAUAAUUUUAUUUUAUAUAAAAAAUGUUUUUGUGA